GAAACUUAAACAUGUAAAAAUCACGAAAGUCUCAUAUCAUCCUGUACAAGUCAAUAAUUCACCAUGGGAAAGUCAUCUAAGGACAAGCGUGAUGCUUAUUACAGACUUGCAAAAGAGCAAGGAUGGCGAGCAAGGAGUGCUUUCAAACUAUUACAGCUUGAUGAAGAAUUUGACCUCUUUAACAAUGUUACUCGGGUAGUAGAUUUAUGCGCUGCGCCCGGAAGUUGGUCUCAGGUUUUAUCCAGGGUGUUAAUCAAGGGGGAGAAAUUUGGUCGAGCCGCUUGGCAAGAUCGCGAUGCCAAAUUCCGACAACAAAUGCUAGGGUUGUUUGGGGCGCAAGCCACCACUGAGAAACCGGAGAUUUCAGCACCGACGCAGCCACCUGCGGGGUUAAAACCUCGUCAGGACGUCAAGAUUGUUUCCAUUGACCUUCAACCCAUCAGUCCACUGCCGGGAAUCGUCACUCUACGAGCUGAUAUCACUCAUCCGGCUACGGUUCCGCUGCUAUUGAAGGCAUUAGAUCCCGAAUAUGAUUCGAAAACGAAGAGCCAGCAAGCUGCGCAUCCAGUUGACCUUGUGCUCAGUGAUGGUGCUCCCGACGUAACUGGAUUGCAUGAUCUGGAUAUCUACGUUCAAUCACAACUUCUUUUCGCGGCAUUAAACUUAGCGCUAUGUGUUUUGAAACCAGGCGGCAAGUUCGUGGCCAAGAUUUUCAGGGGCAAGAACGUAGAUAUACUGUAUGCGCAGCUCAAAAUAUUCUUCGAAAAGGUCCAUGUUGCGAAGCCGAGGUCCUCGCGUGCCAGUAGCGUGGAAGCUUUCAUCGUCUGUUUAAAUUUCCAACCACCGAAAGGAUUCUCCGCAAGCCUGGAAGAGCCCUUAGGUGUCGGAUUUCGUUUAUCACAUAUGACGGAGCGAAAUGCCCAGAGUCUACCGAUUACUGCAAAUACGAUCCUGCAAGAUACGGAAACUGGGGCGUGGAACGCCGUCCCCACUUCUGUCCCGAUCACAGAUGCUGAUGGAGUCACUGAAGUGCAAGUGGAAGACCUCCGUCCAAAGCGUGAAAGCGAAAUUAGGUGGAUCGCACCCUUUAUUGCUUGUGGGGAUCUGUCCGCUUUCGAUUCCGACGCUUCCUAUCGUCUACCCCCAGAUUACGUAUCCCUCGACCCGGUCCAGCCUCCGACCGCGCCUCCCUAUAAGCGCGCAUUGGAAAUGAGAAAGACACAUGGUGGCGCGUACGGAAAGACAAGCAAGGAGUGAACAAACCCCGCAUCGCUAAUGAUCUGGAUGUUGUGCCGCAGGUCCUUCAAUCAAACCGAUUGAAAUACCCUCCGUGUUACACUCACGCCAAUCCUUUGCGCCGAGGUGUUUACGAUAUAGGUCCAUCCUAUCGCUAGUCAAGAA